AAAACACUCAAAAAGCAACCCAACAAAAAACACACACACCCACAUUUGGCAUUUCACACUCCCAAACCCUCCCUUUCUCUAAAUCUGCAUCUCCAAUGGCCAAACCGCCCCCUCCACUCCACAAGCGGCCCAGCGGCCGCACCAACCUGGCUUCGUGCAUCGUAGCCACCAUCUUCCUCAUCUUCCUCAUCAUCAUCGCCUGCAUCGUCUACCUCACAAUAUUCAAGCCCAAGGACCCCUCCCUGACUGUCAACGCCGUGACUCUCCCCGCAUUCUCCCUCUCCAACUCCAACUCCACCGUCUCCUUCACCUUCUCCCAAUACGCCACUGUCACCAAUCCCAACCGCGCCGCCUUCGCCCACUACGACAGCUCCAUCCAGCUCCUCCACGCUGGCCGCCAGGUGGGCUUCAUGUUCAUCCCCGCCGGCAAGAUCGCCGCCGCCCAGACGCAGUACAUGGCUGCCACAUUCUCCGUCCAGUCGUUUCCGGUCGAGCAGCAGCAGCAGCCAGAGAUCGGGGCCGGGCCAGGGUUCGGGUCGUUUCCGCCUUCGCCCACUACGUCCAGUCGUUUGCGGGUCGGGCCGAGUAUGGAGGUGGAGUCGAGGAUGGAGCUGACGGGCCGGGUUCGGGUUUUGCAUUUGUUUAAUCAUCACGUGGGGGCCCGCGCGGACUGCAGGGUUUCGGUUUCUGUCAGUGAUGGAUCUGUCUUGGGUUUCCACUGUUAGUUUCUUUUUUUUUUUUUGCUAAUUAAUUAAUUAUAGUAGAUCACUUGUUUUGGAUUUCAUAUGGAAAUUAUUAGUUUAGGAAACGGAGAAGCGAGAAAUCUGGGUUUUGUUCCUCUUCGGGAUUAGCAUUUGAAAAUAUAAACAGAAAAGGUUUCCCGCA